AUGACAUCUUUAACUUCCGCUAAACUAUGCUUCCUGCCUCAUUGCCUUGUCAUCUUGUUGUAUGUUUCAUCACCAAAUUGGGUUGCUUUUCCUUCUGCUACUUCUACUUCUGAUACUGAAGCAAAGCAAUCCAAAACCAAGAACAAGCCCAAACCAAGAACAAGCCCAUGCACUUGGACUGGUGUUUCAUGCAACUCAGCUGGAAGUGUCAGAAAGAUAGACCUUUCCACUUGUGGUAUACAAGGUACGCUACAUGAAUUUUCAUUCUUGUCCUUCCCUAAUCUUGAAUAUCUUGACCUCCAUAUAAACGAACUAUUUGAUACCAUCCCACCUCAAAUCAGUAACCUCUCCAAACUCUACAAUCUUGAUCUCUCGAACAAUCAGUUUUCUGGGAGAAUCCCACCAGAAAUCAGUCUGUUGAGAAAUCUUACCUAUCUCUAUCUCUAUGGUAAUAAACUUUCUGGUUUGAUUCCCAAGGAGAUAGGGAACUUGAAAUCUCUUGUACAACUACAAUUUCUCGAUAACAAUUUAACUGGUCUCAUCCCUCCAAAUAUUGGUAACUUAAUAAAGCUACACACUUUGUACUUGCAAAACAAUCAACUUUCUGGUUUGAUUCCCAAGGAGAUAUGUAACUUGAAAUAUCUUGUAAUCCUUGAUUUGAGCACUAAUCAACUCAACGAUUCAAUUCCAACCUCAUUUGCUAACUUGAGCAACUUGGAGACCUUAUCCCUAAGCAAUAACCAACUUUUUGGUUUGAUUCCCAAGGAGAUAGGGAACUUGAAAUCUCUUGUAUUCCUAGAUUUGAGCAUUAACCAACUCAAAGAUUCAAUUCCAACUUCAUUUGCUAACUUGAGCAACUUGGAGACCUUAUCCCUAAGCGAUAACCAACUUUCUGGUUUGAUUCCCAAGGAGAUAGGGAACUUGAAAUCUCUUGUAUUCCUAGAUUUGAGCAUUAAUCAACUCAAAGAUUCAAUUCCAACUUCAUUUGCUAACUUGAGACACUUGGACUACUUAUGCCUACGCGAGAACCAACUUUCCGGCUCCAUUCCCCAAGAGUUAGAGAAUCUCAAGAAUUUGACUAGUUUGCAGUUGAGUAGAAACCAAUUUUCUGGUUAUCUGCCCCAAAAUAUUUUCCAAGGUGGAAAACUCACAUACUUUGUGGCAGGCAAAAACUAUUUGACUGGUCCAAUCCCCAAAAGCUUGAAAAACUGCACGAGCUUAGUCAGAGUCCGUCUUGAACAUAACCAAUUUACAAGCAAUAUAACUGAAGAGUUUGGUGUCUAUCCAAAUCUUGAUUUUAUAGAUGUAAGCCAUAACAACUUGUACGGAGAAAUCUCACACAAUUGGCAAAAAUGCCCAAAGUUGACAACCCUACUACUUGCGGGAAACAACCUUACUGGGAGCAUCCCACCUGAGAUAGGCAAUGCAACCCAAAUUCAUGAGCUAGAUCUCUCUUCAAAUCAUUUAGUUGGGUUGAUCCCAAAAGAAUUCGGGAGGUUGUCUUUGUUGGUCAAGUUGAUGUUGAAUGGAAAUCAACUUUUGGGUCGUAUACCGUUGGAAUUCGGAUCAUUGAAUGAUCUUGAAUAUCUUGACUUGUCAACAAACAAAUUGAAUGAGUCAAUUCCCAGCAUUCUAGUUGACUUGUUCAGAUUGCACUACUUGAAUUUGAGCAACAACAAGUUUUCUCAAGCAAUUCCAUUUAAGUUGGGGAAGUUAGUUCAAUUGAAUGACUUGGAUUUAAGUCAUAACUCACUUGAAGGUAAGAUACCAUCAGAAAUGGGUAGUAUGCAGAGUUUGGGGACACUUGAUCUUUCCCACAACAAUCUUUCGGGUUCCAUACCAUCAAGUUUCGAAGAGAUGCACGGCUUGUCGUACGUUGACAUAUCCUACAAUCACUUGGAAGGUCCCCUUCCUAACAUCAGUGCAUUUCGAGAAGCUCUGCCAGAAAGAUUGAAAGGGAACAAAGGAUUGUGUGGUAAAGUUGGAGUUCUGCUGCCAGCCUGCAAUGCACAUCCAUAUGGCUCAAAAAAGGACCACAAGUUAAUAUUCUCUCUUCUAGCGGUAUUUGUACUUGUUUUUGCUUUCUUUGCAAUUAUCUUUGUAAUAGUGCAAAGAAAGAAGAAGCAUCACGAUACUAAACAAAAUCACAUGCAUGGAGAAAUUUCCUUUUCAGUUUUAAAUUUUGAUGGAAAAUCAAUGUAUGAGGAAAUCAUAAGGGCAACAGAAGAUUUUGAUUCCACAUAUUGCAUUGGGAAGGGAGGACAUGGAAGCGUCUACAUAGUGAAUUUGUCAUCUGGAGACGUAGUGGCCGUGAAGAAACUUCAUCUACUAUGGGAUGGCGAGACAGAAUUUCAGAAGGAGUUCUUGAAUGAAGUAAGGGCACUUAGUGAGAUAAGACAUCGGAAUAUUGUCAAGCUCUAUGGUUUCUGCACACAUAAACGACACUCAUUUUUGGUGUAUGAGUAUCUUGAAAGAGGUAGCUUGGCCGCAAUGUUGAGCAAAGAUGAAGAAGCUACAGAGUUGGGGUGGAGUAAAAGGGUGAAUAUUGUUAAAGGCUUAGCUCAUGCCUUGUCUUACAUGCACCACGAUUGCUUGCCACCGAUUGUACAUCGUGACAUCUCAAGCAAGAACAUUUUGUUGGAUUCUGAAUAUGAGGCCUGUGUUUCAGACUUUGGCACUGCUAAGUUUUUAAAUCCAGACUCAACUAAUUGGACUACCGCUGCAGGCACAUAUGGUUACAUGGCACCAGAGCUUGCAUAUACAAUGGAAGUGAACGAAAAGUCCGAUGUUUAUAGCUUUGGAGUUGUCACACUGGAAAUAAUUAUGGGAAGCCAUCCAGGAGAUGUUUUAUCAUCUUUAUCAUCCGGGGCAUCAUCUUCGUCCUCAUCUGCAUCACCUGCCCCUGAAAUGCCAAUUUCGAAAGUUCUGGACCAGCGCAUCUCCCCACCCACAAAACAAGAAGCAGGGGAGGUGGUCUCUCUGGUGAAGAUCGCAUUUGCAUCCUUGAAUCCCAGUUCGCAGUGUCGUCCAACAAUGAAGAAAGUUUCUCAGCUCCUGUCAUCAACGCAGAGGCUGCAUUUGUCAAAGCCAUUACAUAUGACAACAUGUGGUGAAUUGCUUGCUCUUGAUGGUUUCACUGCCUGA